GUGGAUCGCUGGCUCAGCUCACCACCACCCACACUAUCCCACCGCCAGCAGCAUUCAACACAAGAAAACGCACUCGAAAUUUCACAUACGGAUGCAUGGGAACCAGGACUUCAGCAGCAUUCUUGAAGCAUUCUCUGUCGCCCUGCAUGGCGCUGCGAACCGGAAUUGCGGCUCGCUCGCACGCUGCUGCGCGUCGCAGCCGUCGUCAACUGUCGUCGGCGUUGUGCCUGCUAGCCGUGCUGGCGGCAACAGCAACGGCUCUGACGGCGCUGCCAGCAGCAUACGCGGGGGACAGUGACGUCACGGAUGCUGAACGGAGCAGCGAAAGACACGGAAGAAAUCUCGAGGAUAGCUCCAAGCGCGAAUGUGCUUUUGGCGAGGGGGACAGUGGCGAGAGAGGCGAGGAGAUUGAAAGCGGUGAGGGGAGGCGGCGGAGCAGGAGGGAGCUGCAGGCGAGAUACGCGAUUCAGCAGGCGCUUCUAGAUCUAUGGUCGGAGCAAUACCACCUCUCCCCUUCACCCUCCUCCCCUCCUCCACUCCUCCACCUCCCAACCUCCUUCGCCCUCCUCUCCUCCUCCCCUCCCCAUCCCCUCAACCCUUCUGCAGCGUCUUCUUUCUUCUCCGCCUUCCCCAUCCCCCCGUCCCUCCCCCCGCCCUCCCCGCCCCAUCUUGAGGACUGCAUAGCCCGCACUUCCGCGCGCCUCCGCCUGGAAAUGCAGGAUUCGGCAGGAACAGGGGAAUUUGGGGGAGCUGAGGGAGCGGGGGGAGUCGGGGGGCAGGGGUCGGGAGGGCAGGGCGGAGGGGAAGGGGGAAGUGGUGGUGGAGGGGGGGGUGUGAGGAGGAGGAGGAUGAGGAGGCGAGGAGGGUGGCGGGAGGUGGUGAUGAGUGGCAAGUCGAUCGGAGCGAUGCUGAAGCACACGCCACGCCCGCCAUGGAUUCGGGGCCCUGACUCCUCUCUCCUCCCGUUCACCCGCAUAGCCCAGCGAGACAUCUGGCUGCACCAGUUCCCCCCCUCCGCCUGCUCCCUCCCUCCCGCACCCCCCUCCUCCGCCUCUCCUCCCCCUCGCGCACCUCGUUUCCUGCUGCUACCCUGGCCUAGAAUCGGCGCACAAAGAGAAGGAGCAGGGCCAACAGGACCCGAGGGCACUGGAACGGGAGCAGGAGGAGCAGGAGCGGCAGGAGGGCGAGUGGAGGAGGAAGUGGCAUCGCGGGUGGUGGCGACGGCAGCUGCUCUUGCAGUGGGGCUGGCCACAGGGAGGAUUGUGGUGCCCGUAGACCAGAGCAGUGCGGUGCUGGGGAAGGGGGAGGGGGAUGUGACCAGUGAUGCUGAGCGGUGUGAAGGUGGUAGGCAGACUUCCUUCCACUGCCUCUUCUUCCCACUCACAUCCUCUGCCUGCCAAUCUUCAGCCCUCCAUCUCGCUGCCUCCGCCAAUCCCAGCCGUCCAUCCGUCCGUGCCGCCUUGGAGCAGCAGCUGCUGUCAGACGACCCAGUGGUGUGGUUACCACCUGAAUUUCUAACCGUGGCAGCACCAGGGGGUGGAGCCGUGGAAGCAACGCAGCAGGGGGGGGGAUGGGCAGAAGCGGCAGCACAGGGGGUAGGCGGAGGGGAGGGAGGAGGAGUGGGAGGAGGAGGGGCGCGAAAUGGGUCGUGGUUAUCGGAGCAGCUCCCACGGCUGAUUGGCACCAGCAGAGGCAAGCUCGUGCUGGCUCACCUUGCACAGCGAGUGGCCAAGGCAAAAGGCUGGGACCGUCCCUGGGCACAAGGCUUAGCAAAUGUCUCAAAUGCUGAUGUCUCUAUCAAGCAUCGCUGGCUGCUGUCGCAGCUGCUGCGCUUCCUGCUGCGCUGGCCGUCCCUUCUCUCUUGCCAUCUUGCCAACACCGCCCGCCACCACGCCCUGGGCGACCACGUCUCCCUGCAGCUCGCCUCCUCCUACUCCGCCCUCCUCUCCCUCCCGCCUUCCCUUCCCACUGCUGCUGCUGCUGCUCCUGCUGCCGAUGUGGGUGAUGCUGCUGGUGCUGCUGCAGGUGCUGGUGCUGCUGGUGCUGUUGCCAGAGGAGAGGACGAGGGAUGGGGCAGGGGCGACGAUGAAUGGACGGAGGAAUACGAGUCGCCCUGGCCCAUGACGAAGGAGGGUGUGGGUGUUGCAGUGGCAGAGAAGCAUGCAUCGCAGCAGCAGCAGCAGCAGCAGCAGCAGGGAGACUCACUGGAGCUCUCAAUUCCUGCCAGCCUAGCAGCAGAAGUACAAUCACCACACGCUGCUGCAGAUCCCGUCUCUGCAGCACACGCACUUCUUCCAGCAGAAUCAGAACCCUCCUAUUCAACAACCCCAGCCCCUUCAGCAGCAGGCAGGGCAGGGCGCGGGUUGACCGAGCGCAAGCAGCCUCUGCUGGAGGGCCUUCCCCCGGACGAGCUGCACACCAUGCACUCCUUCACUCUAACUCCCGCCUCGUCCCUUGACUCCUCCCUCUGGGCGCGGGAGGAGGUUGGGGGAGCGGAGCCCUACCUGCCGCGCCCCAUUGCCAGCGUGUACGUGGGGGGGGGAUCAGGGGGGGUGAGCGAGGGGGGGGUUGAGUCUGAGGGUUCUGCAGCAGCAGCAGCAGCAGAAGCAGCAGCAGCAGCAGCAGAAGCAGCAGCAGAAGCAGCAGCAGAAGCAGCAGCAGCAGCAGCAGCAGCGGCUGCUGGGGAGGGUGGUGCAGCAGGGUGGCUGCAGGAGGUGCAGCGGCAGAGGCUGGGCGUUCCAAAUUUGAAGACUCUGUGGCUGUCCCGACCAGGAGAAUGUCAGUGGCUUAGCUCAUUGCCCCGCAGCUGGACCUGCAUGGCACCACCACCAAGGGCCAGCAGUGGCGAUGGUGACAUACCUGUAGGGGAGGAGGAGGGCCAGGGCUUGCUGGCUGCUGCGGCUACUGCCGAGACUGUGGCGUCUCUGUUUAUAGCAGGGAGAUGCGACGUGCAUGUGGAUGGCCGGGUGGCUUCACAGGCACAGCGGCAGCAGGUUGGGGGGGAAGCGGAUGGGGAUGUGUGUUUAGGGGGGUCUGGCGUCUCCUCAUGCUGGUCCCGUGUCGUGGAGAUGUUAGUGCUGACGAACGGUAGGAGAGGCAGCGAUGGUUGGAGCUGGUUUUAGAGUAAAAUCUGUCGUAGAUUCUAUUGUAAAUAGCAUGGGUAC